CAUCAUUUUCACAGUUAACUACCCAAACCCAAAGGUCGUAUUAUACAAGCAUUUGAAUUUCUGAGAUAAUAGGAAUUGUUUACAAACAGCCUAUCUUCCUGUACGUCUCAGUUUUUCUUUUCUUUUUCUAUAACUUCUCUUAAUUGGUUUGUCACAUUAACCAUUUAAUUUUAGCAGUUUUCUUUUCUGAUUUCUGACGUGUGGGAUCUUUGUGGUCUACUCUCUGCAACACAAAAACAAAUAAAACAAAGGCAAAAAAAGCACAAUAAUGAGCAUUACACGGUAAUCAUUCCCACAAAGCAAAGCAACCCAAUUUGCUUUUCGGUCACACAAGCUCUUCAACUAGUCAUUUGUAAAGACUUUGAUGUAUCUUUCAACUCUUUUCUUAAGAUCACAAGCCAUAAGUUUGGUAGCAUGCUACUAUUGGAAUAACAUAAUUGACUGCUUGAUCUAAAGUUGCAGUUGGCACAUGAUUGCACAUCAUUUGUCGACAAUAUUCCAGCUUUGAACUCACCUCAGGAACUAAAUUUUGAGCAUAUGGGGUGCCUGGUAUCCACGCAGAAGGGUUCUGGUGGCAAUGGAAGGUGGCCAAGAAAUGUUGGGGAAGUUGCUGUUUUUGUUCCUGCAAUAAGGAUUCCUAAACCAGUCGACUUUACUCAACAAUUAGGCGAUGAUAUAUCCAGAACUUUGGUUGAAAGGCUAUCUGCUCUCAGAACACGAAUUGUGGUCAUGGCAGGGCAAGAAGCACCCAGUGCUACAAAACCAAGAAGAACAGCAACACAACAUGGAGGAUCCACAUUGGCUGAUCUUCAGCAGGCUCUUGAAGAUUACUUGCCAGUCCUGUUGGGGCUAGUUGAAAAUGGAAACGAGCCACAGCACGAGUUGCAUUUCUCUUGGUUGAAUCAGGAGGACACCACAGAGGAGACGACUAUGUCAACCACUUGGUAUGAGGUACUGUCAGUUUUGCACUUGAUGGCUGUGUUAUCAUUAUCACAGGCCAAUUUGUUGCUUCUUCCUGUAACAUCUAACGAUGAUCAUCUGUCCAAAUUAUCAGAAGAAAGGAGACGAGCUUGUAUUGAUAUAUUUUUGAAGGCAGCAGGAUACUUGGAUUUCUCUAUUCAGCAUGUUCUCCCUCGGUUUCCUCCUGAGCUAAGGAAGGAUUUACCCCUAGACCUGGCGGAGGGAGUGCUUCGAGCCCUUUGCCUGCAAGCACUAGGCCAGGGUGUUGAUGUUCAGCUGGGAAUGGCAAUUGAUAGCGUCAAGGCCACGUUGGCCGUCAAAAGAAGGCUUGCAUGUGAGAUGGUAAAAUACUGGCAUCAGGCUCAAGAGAACAUUGUAGACCUUCCACUAGCAAAUGGAUGGGGAGAAAAGCAUAAACUUUUUAUUCAAUGGAAGUAUGCUGAAGCCAAGGCAGUUGCAUACUAUUAUCAUGGCUCAAUCCUUGACGAGGGGAAUGCAGAGAGAUCAAAAGAGAUGGCUGCUGCUGCUGCUCAACAAGCAGCUGAGCUUUUCUGUAAACAAAGUAAGAAGAGUUGUGAAUCUUUCCAUAUGGCCCCUCCUUUGUCACGAAAUCCGACUAGUUGGGGAACUACCAAGUUACUCUCUGAGAAGAUUCCUAGAGAUAAAUUAAGCAAGGCUCAACAUAAUGCACCUCAGCACAAUGAUGAAAUAAUUGGAAAAGGAGCACUAAGAUUCAUAAAAUUUUUGAAGUUAAAGGCACCACUUCAAUCAUCAUCAUCUCAUGCCAACAGAAGCAUGCAAAGUCUCCCUUUCUUGGGCAUGAGAGGAGAACCUAGCAACUUGAAAAGGGCUCACCUAUCCUGGAAGGAAGUGGAAUGAGGAUCUCUCCCAUCUGAAAAAGGCGACAUCAAUGUGCCAUCCCAUAAAGCAGGUUCGGGUUCCAGUCCAAGCAGAGAUGCAGAAGGAAAAUUAGUUUCCGUUGCUUAAGACUAUUGGAUCCUCCAUUAAUAAAUUUUGCGCAACACUUGCUAA